AUGGUGCUGGCUGUUGAUGGCCUGGGUGGCCGCCUGGCACUUAGGAAACCGUUGAAUGUCAUUGUUCGUUCUUGUGAGUGUGGCAGUGGUGCCGUGUCACUGUUUUUGCUCAUUAUCUUAACAUUCCUUUUUCUCCUUUCAGUUACUUUAGAACAAAUCCGGAUGAAGAUUGAUCACCUUAAAAAAGAAAACAAGGAUCUAGAAAAAAACAUAGUCAGGGAAGCAAAGAAGCAAGGAGAAACAAAGAGAAAACAUGAGCUUUCCCUUGCUCGAGUACAUAAGUUGAAAGGCCAAGAUGAAUUGGGGGAUCAAGAGCUUGGAGCCUUGACAUCUAAGAACCAAGAACUGAAAGAAAGGAAAACGUUCCUGGAAGACCGGUGUAAUGCCCUGAGUUCUCAGAAAACUGCUAAGGAAGCAGAAUUGGACCUGCUCAAGAAGAAAGUGGAUAUGGUGGUGGAGUUCUCUGAAAAACGAAAACGGACUGCAGAAGAGAAGCUAGAAGAGAUACUUUGUGAAUUAAAUGCAACGAAGAAUGAGCUGUUAGCUGCCGAUGAAAAGCUGAAAUUAACCAAAGAAGAAAUGGACAAGUACAGACAAGAAGUGGAAGAAAUGGAAGAUCAGCUGCUGGAGGCUGAGCUCACCUUCAAUCACCAGGUAACCUGA